GUUUUAUCCUUUCGCACUGGCACCAAACUCUGUGGUGUUGUCUAAAAAAGGAAUAGACGGCAAUCUCGCAUAGAAGAGCCGAGAAAUAGAAAAAACCAGGGGAAAAAGGGAAAAAGUCCACAAAGAAAAUUUGUUUCUCUUUCUGCUGCAACCCCUCUGCGCGCUCUUGCUUUGGUUCCCAAUUCUCCAGGCAGCUACUUUCUGCCCCUUCACCGCCCACGACGGCUCUUCAUCUCCUCAUUCUACAUACGGAUACGUGGGCCACUAUUUGCCUCGAGUCAGCACCUCGCAAUCACCCACAAAAGCCCUCGUACGGCACAGGAGAGUAAUUACUAGAGAAGAGCAAAGCUUACGGGGCAAAAAGAAGGGGGAAAAGAAGACAUUUCUCAUCAUGGCGGCACCAACAGGGCAAACUUCUUUCGAUCCCAAGUAUGAUCAGUACGAUUUCCCGACCAUUGCGCCAGUACCCCUACCGGGUCACCCUGGCCACACAACUCCCGAGCAGGAUGCCAAGGUGUUCCAGCUUCGCUCUGAGUUGGAGAGGUUAGGGUACACUGAAAGAUUGGAUACGUUGACGCUGUUGCGGUUUUUGAGGGCGAGAAAGUUCGAUGUUCAGGCUGCUAAGACUAUGUUCAUUGAAAGUGAGAAGUGGAGGAAAGAGUUCGGAACAGACGACCUCGCUCGCACUUUUGAUUACACUGAGAAGGCUCAGGUCUUCAAAUUCUACCCCCAGUACUACCAUAAAACUGACAAAGAUGGAAGACCCGUCUACAUUGAGAAGUACGGCAAGAUCGAUCUUAGCGCCAUGUACAAGAUCACCACCGCCGAGCGUAUGCUACAGAACCUCGUAUGCGAGUACGAGAAACUCGCGGAUCCCCGGCUCCCUGCGUGCUCGCGAAAGGCGGGGAAGCUCAUGGAGACCUGCUGCACAAUAAUGGACUUGAAGGGAGUUGGUAUCACGAGCAUCCCGUCUGUCUACGGAUAUGUUCGCCAGGCAUCUUCCAUCUCGCAGAACUACUAUCCAGAGAGACUGGGUAAGCUGUACCUGAUCAACGCCCCUUGGGGCUUCAGCGGCGCUUUCAACAUCAUCAAGGGCUUCCUUGACCCUGUCACGGUUAACAAAAUCCACGUCCUCGGAAGCAACUACAAGAAAGAGCUGUUGGGGCAGGUCCCUGCAGAGAACCUACCCGUCGAGUUCGGAGGUACCUGCAAGUGUCCGGGAGGCUGCGAGCUAAGUGACAUGGGACCAUGGCAAGAGCCCGAGUGGGCCAAGCCACCUAAGUGGGCUUUGCCUAAGGAUGGUGAAAAGUCCGCUCAAGAAGAGGAGGCCGUUAUCAAGAAUGAGGACCCUGGCUUGGAAGGGAAAGUCGAAGAGGUGGUAGAGGUCUCCAAGCCCAGCGCAUAAGCAUAUAUUCCAACCCAAUCAGCGUUUCACACAUAUUUUAACAGCUCAAUCCAUAUCCCUUUUUAACCAAUUCCUACUCAGUCCGCCUACUACUCGAGCGCAUCAGCGUUUCCCCUUUUCCAUUUGUGCUCUUUCUCCCCCUUUCUUUCUUUUGGAUCAGCAUGUGAAGAUCUCCUAUUGCACAACUGGAUUAUCUACUGAAAGCUUCAUUUUUCUUUUCUUUUUCCUUUCUGUCUCUUUCCCUCUUUAGCUUUUCUUUUUUCUGUUCCAUAGAGGAAAGGGUAAGUUAUACAUGAUGGUGACCUGGUGUUCUCAGUGGUUUCUUUGUUUCUUUUUUCCUUCGGUCGACCUACGUUUACAAAAACAGCAAACUACAGCCUGUGCAUAAUAAAUAAAACUCUCUCUAUUGUUUUCUUUUUCUCUCCCUUUUUCCUCAUCUGGCUGGGAACUGCCCCUGACCUGGUCGAGCCCUCACAAUUGAUCUAGAUACAUUUAUAAUUAGCGGUCUUCUACUGCUUUCAUUUCAUUAGAUGGAUGGGAAUGGAUCUGGUUGGUUUGAGUGAUCGAUAUGGUUUCAGUCUAUGUUGUGUUUCAAAAUCUGUUUAUGGUAGGAAUCUAGAUUGCUAGAACUGGCGUCUAUUCUAUGUUACCAUAUGCUGUUAAAGAGUCAAUCUAAUGAAUCAAUU